CAUAACCUGAUUUUAUGUGUAAACAUAACAUCAUAUCUGGAAUCAUAAGUUGAUUUUAUGUGUAUACAUAACAUCAUCUCUGAAAUUAUGGCCUGAUUUUAUAUGUACACAUAACAUCAUCUCUGGAAUUAUAACUUGAUUUUAUGUGUAUACAAAAAAAUUAAAAAUCAUCUCUGGAAUCAGCAGCUGAUUUAUAAUAAAUCUGACAAAGUCAAGACGCUUUGAAUUUAAGGGGGCCUUGAAAGUACUUGAAAUUGAUUUUUGGUCCUUGAAAAUCCUUCAUUUUGAUGCUUUAUGUGUGAAUGUGCCAAGCUUUAAAGUUGCAAUGUGACUGUAUAUUGCUGUUCUUCUGGUAAGCAAAAAGGUUCAUUACCCAGUCUUUCAAGUUAUCAUUGUUGCAUUUACAGUACAUGCAUGAACAACUAACAGCAACACACCACCUCUCAAUAGCUCCUACAUUAUAGUUCUACAUGUCUUUACUAACAGAAAACAAGCCGUAACUGGCCAGUUUAAUCUGUGCGUUAUUAAUAAUAAUUAUAAUUUGUGCUUUCAUGAUAUGUAACAGAGGUGCUAGCCUCUGGAAAUCUAAAAUUUUGUUCACGACAUUGUAAGCACUAGUUACUGCUUCUUUUGGGGAGAAACGUAGCUGAUUUCUGAGCAAAAUAACCGACGUGUUUCGUUGGUCGUCGAUGCUUGUUGAAACCCCCUGGGUUAGGUAGGUUAAGGAGGAUGUUUCAGUGUGGGCUGGUAGGUUCACCCACCAAGAUGUGCCUAAUUCUUCAUACAAAGCCAAACCCAAUAAAUAAAUAUUGUUUUUCCAACCUGAAUAGAUGUAAAAUUCCUAUCUUCAUUGCCUUUUCCUUGGAAAAUUCAUUAUUUAAAGGGAAGUUUAUUGUGGCAGAUAUUCUUCAAAUAGCAGUUUUCAUUCGUUGACUGGUAUUUUUUCUUGUUAUGUUUUUAAGCAUUAGUUUGGGUAUGUUUUCAUCUUCGCAAAACAUUUGAAAUUUUCUGCCAUUUUCUCAAGCUCAAACAAAACAGCUGAGCUACCGUGCCUUUUGCUGCCCCUUUUUCUCUGUAUUAACUGUAGAAGUGAGUUAUCUUUGCAGUUAUUGGCAAGCAUCUUCCAUAUUUGAACAACAGUAGCUGGUUAUGAAGAAUUAGCCAACCAGAAAUGGAGAAAUAUUUUAAACGAAUAAUAAUAAUCUUUAAUAAGGCACUGGCCAUGAACAGUUGCCUCGAUGAAUGCAAUGACAAAAUUAAUGAUCUCAAUAAUCAAAAACGUGUAAAAUGCCACCAGAAACUGUACAGUGUGUACUAUGAAAUUUAAAAUUAGAGGCAUUUUUGUGUUGUGGGAAAAAUUGGGGGUAUGUUCCAAAGUAAAGCAUUGAAAGACUCAAAAGUUGAUUUUACGGGAGAUUUGGGAGACUUUAGGAUAAUCUGGGAGUGUUGGCAUUUUUAUAAUGGAAGUAACAGGUUUUCUUUUUUUUUUUUUUUUACAAUAUCAUUCCCAAUUCGUCGCACUUUCCCUACUGUUACAUUUGCCUUGCUAAUAAUUUAACUCAUUUUAAACACUUUGAUAACAAAUACUCCUUGUGAGAUGUUUUGUUGCAUGCUUGUUGAAUUCAGCACCUCACACUAAAACAUGUUAUAAAACAGGGUUUUAAUGUACUUAGAUACAUUGUACAGACUGAGUUAUAUACAUGUAAGUAUCUUCAUGUGUACCAACAGGCACCAACGGGUGUAAUACUGUUAAUUUAUGUUUCAGUGCCUCCAAGAAUAACUGAGUUUCCUGUAAGGCAGUCAAGUGCAACUGUUGGAACAAAUUUGACACUGACAUGCAAUGCAUCUGGUGACCCCACCCCCAAUGUCAAUUGGACUAAAGAGGGUGAAACAGCAGCAGAGUUUAAUGUCUCUGGUCACAAGCUUCAUCUUGUUAAUGUAAAAAGAGAAGAUUUUGGAUCGUACAAGUGUACUGCUGAUAAUGGAUAUGGUACUCCUGCAACAAGCCUUGCAGUUGUUAAUGUAAAAUGUAAGUUUUAUACUUUAAUUUUGUCACUUCUCAAAGACAAAAAAAACAUACAA